AGUUUCAAACACAGCGCCCAUCUUUAACACAACACAACCGGACAAGCUCCGUCCCGUAGCGAGAUACCGCCGUUCAUGCAUGACGUGAAGUCCAGGUAAUGAGGAAAGACAACAAGAGAGAGGAAGGACACACAAGAUGAUCGAAGCAAUGGAUACCCAGCGCUGUCUGCAGGCGGUGGAGAGGUUACAGUCUCGCUUGAAAGAAAAGGGAGCAGAUGUUCCUGCUGAGGAUAAGCUGAAUCUUCUGAAGGCGGUGCUGCAGAGUCCUCUGUUUCACCAGAUCCUCGCCCUGCAGAAAUCAGUGCAGCAUCUGAAGGAGCAUACUCCAUAUAUUAACUCUGAUCUGAAGGGCAGCACUGAAGGAUUCUCAGCUCAGCUCAAUGGACAAACUUCAUCUGAAGAGUCGUCCAUCCAUCGUUCUAUUGCUAAGGGUCGGUACGUGACUCAAAUCGACCUGCUGAAGCCGGUAUCGGGCGGUUUGGGCUUCAGUGUUGUUGGCUUGUGUAGUGAGAACCGUGGAGAACUUGGCAUCUUCAUUCAGGAGAUACAGGCUGGAAGUGUGGCAUACAGUGAUGGAAAGCUAAAGGAAGGAGAUCAGAUACUGGCGAUUAACGGUCAGCUGUUAGAUCAGAGCGUCAGUCACCAGCAGGCCAUCGUUCUCCUGCAGCAAGCGUCAGACUGCGUGAGCCUCACUGUCGCCCGUGGGCCUGUCCCGCAGCUCUCCAGCCCAGUCGUGUCCAGGACUCCCAGUGCUGCUAGCACACUUUCAGCACACUCCAGUGCGACCCACUGGACUCACGUGGAGACGAUCGAGCUGGUGAACGAUGGAACCGGUUUGGGCUUCGGGAUUGUUGGCGGUAAAACCACCGGCGUUAUCGUCAAAACCAUUCUACCUGGAGGCAUCGCUGACCAGGACGGUCGCUUGCGAAGUGGGGAUCACGUCCUGCGGAUCGGUGAUACGGACCUAUUUGGUCUGAGCAGUGAGCAGGUUGCUCAAGUUUUGAAACAAUGUGGAAACCGAGUCCGACUCCUCAUCAGCCGCGGGACGGUGGAUGAUGCUACGCCCGCUGCUGUCGCCCUGCCGACCGUCACUGAGCAACAGGGUGUUGAGGAAGAGGAACAGGGUGCUUUCGAUGUGAGCUUGACGAAGAACGCUCAGGGUCUAGGCAUCACCAUCGCAGGGUAUGUGGGAGACAAAACAUCAGAGCCCUCUGGGAUAUUUGUGAAGAGCAUUUCGAGGGACAGCGCGGUGGAGCAAGACGGCCGAAUUCAUGUUGGAGAUCAGAUCAUAUCUGUGAGUUAUUUCACAAAGAACGUGUCAGAUGAAAAUCUUGUUUAUGCAUGUUUUGUGUUGCAGUGCUCAUCAGAAUCAAAAGGUGUCUAUGCUGACAGGUGUUUCUGUUAUUGUGCAUGUGUGGCUCAAGUGGAGAAGUUCAGUGAGAACAGCGGUUUAGGGAUCAGUCUGGACAUGUGUGCCGGUCGUCACAUCCUCCGCUCAGUGCUUCCUGAGGGACCCGUCGGGCGAUCGGGAAAAAUCUGUAGUGGAGACGAACUGUUAGAGGUGAACGGCAUUCCCCUCAGAGGAGAGACUCAUAAAGAGGUUGUUGACAUUCUGAAAGAACUUCCUGUUUCUGUGACCAUGGUCUGCUGUAGACCCGCCCCUCUAAUGACUGACAGCCAAACUGACCAAUCACAGCCAGAGGAUGUGGCCAUUGAUUCCAUAGUUCAGGUGCCGGGUGAGUUUGAGGAUUUCCUGGUCUCUGGUGAAUUAGAGGACAGCCUGAAAGAUCAUGUGACUAAAGAGCCCACUGGAACGCCGUUAGCGAUGUGGGAAACAGAGAUACAGGACAUUGAACUAGAGAAAGGAGAGAGCGGACUGGGCUUCAGCAUUCUGGAUUAUCAGGACCCAAUGGACCCGCUCAAGACAGUAAUAGUGAUUAGGUCGUUAGUUCCCGACGGCGUAGCAGAGCGAGACGGACUCUUGUUGCCAGGAGACCGUCUCAUGUAUGUCAACAACAUCAACCUGGAGAGCGCCAGUUUGGAGGAAGCAGUGCAGGCUCUGAAGGGAGUGAACAUGGGCACCGUCCGCAUCGGGGUGGCCAAACCCCUGCCCAUCGACUCCAGUGAUUUGGACCUGUCUGAUGAAAAGGCAUUUGAGCGUCAUUUUCUGGAGGAGGAGGAGGAAGAGAUGCUGCAGUCGAUGAUCGCUGAACACGGCAGUAUCUGCAGCGCUGAUCUGACCUAUCAGAAGAACAGACCCGCCUCCUCACCGAAGGAGGAGGAUUUGCUUCCAGACAAACCGGCGGACGAGACCCAGCAGCUAAACGGCGCUGCGGCGAGCAGCUUCGAGAGGACCAUCACUGUGGUCAAGGGCACCUCCAGUCUGGGAAUGACGGUGUGUGCACUGAAGGACGGGCCCGGGAUGCUGAUCCGCAGCAUCAUUCACGGCGGCUCCAUCAGCAGAGACGGCCGGCUCGGGGUCGGGGACCUGAUUCUGGCCAUCAACGGAGAACCGACGGGAAACCUGACCAAUGCUCAGGCGCGAGCCAUGCUGCGCAGACACUCUCUGAUCGGACCAGACCUGGGAUCCACAGGUGCUGCGGGGGAAGAGCUGAGCCCCGUCUCUGUAAUCACGUAUGUUCCUGCAGAAUAUUUAGAGGAAUACAGGGCGAGCCAGCAGCUCCAGAGUGAUGAUCUCUCUGAUGGCAAAAACAACACUCAACAUCAGACGGCCUCAGAUCUUCCAGAGAGAGAAGAUGGAGAGGGACAGGAGAGUGAACGACAGACAGCAGCUUCCAACAGCUGGAAUCUAGCAAGGAGAGUGGAGUUGCACAGGGAAGCUGGGAAAUCUCUGGGCAUCAGCAUCGUUGGUGGGCGGGGCAUGGGCAGUCGCCUUAGCAACGGGGAAGUGAUGCGGGGCAUCUUUAUUAAACACAUCCUGGAGGACAGUCCAGCGGGACGCAAUGGCACACUGAAGACAGGAGACAGGAUUUUAGAGUUAAUAUAUCGCCCAGCACUAAUACUAACUAACCGCUUUUGUAGUGCUCAGAAAAACAGGAUCGAGCCGCUUUGCAUCUGUCUCUCGCCCUCCACCUCAUCUCUCUGUCUCUCUGUCUCUCUCUCUGUCUGUCAUCAGCCUGACUCUCUGUAUAGUUUUGAUUCACCUCCUGUCAUAGAGAAAUACGGGACAGUUUUAAAAUGCGUCCCUGUGCCAAAGUGUCAGGUAAUUUCUGUUCAGCCCUCUUAUCUCCGCUCCCAGCAUCCCUCAUUCAGCUCGUUAUUUUUAAAACUGUGGCAGCUGUAUCGAGAGGAGGGGAAAAGUGUCCUGUCGCUGCCUGUCGUUCCACAUGUCGGGGAAACCGACUCGGACACACUGACUGAGAUUCCCGACAGACUCGCUCUGCAUAGCGACGGUCCUGAUGAGGAAGAGGAGGAUGAGUACGGAUACAGCUGGAAAAAGGUAACGGAGCGGUACGGUCGUUUACCCGGUGAGCUGCACCUGAUCGAGUUGGAGAAGGGUCGCACAGGUUUGGGUUUGAGUCUGGCAGGGAACCGCGAUCGUUCACGCAUGAGUGUGUUUGUGGUGGGAAUCGAUCCCAACGGCGCCGCCGGCCGAGACGAACACAUCGUGGUGGGAGAUGAACUGUUAGAGAUAAACGGUCAGGUUUUGUACGGCCGCAGUCAUCAGAACGCCUCUGCCAUCAUUAAAAGCGCCCCUUCAAGGGUCAAGAUCAUCUUCAUCCGGAACAGAGAUGCUUUGAGUCAGAUGGCUGUCGGGCCGAUGAAGGAGAUGGACUCACCGGACGCACACACAGAGGAGGAUGACAGCAGGAGCGGAUGCAUCAUUCAGAGUGUGGAUGAGAACGGAGCAGCCGGAAGGGACGGUCAGAUUGCAGCGGGACACCGGCUGCUCACAGUGGAUGAUGAGAUGGUGCUGGGACUCUCUGUGGAAAAGGUGACGUCACUCCUCCAGAAACCCCAGCAAUCUGUGAAACUCACCAUUUGCACUGACUCCGCCUCCCAACCCUCCUCAUCCAAUCAGAUUUGCUCUGGAUCAGACGCUGGAAGCAGCCUGCCGCUGGUUUCUCUGACAUCAUCAGAGACAGAGCCAAUCAGGAAUUCCAGCAGAUGCUCCACACCGGCGACACUGGCGUGUGAUCCGGCGACGUGUCCCAUCAUCCCCGGCUGUGAGACCACUAUAGAGAUCAGCAAGGGCAGAACAGGACUGGGGCUGAGCAUCGUGGGUGGCUGUGACACGCUGCUGGGCACUAUAAUAAUUCACGAGGUGUACGAGGAGGGAGCUGCGUCUAAAGACGGCCGACUGUGGGCAGGAGAUCAGAUUCUGGAGGUGAGCGGUGUAGAUCUGCGCGUGGCGACGCACGACGAGGCCAUCAAUGUUUUGCGGCAGACUCCGCAGCGCGUUCGUCUGGCGGUCUUCAGAGACGAGGGUCAGUAUAAAGAGGAGGAGCUGUGGGACUCGCUGAGCGUCGAGCUUCAGAAGAAACCAGGCCACGGCCUCGGACUCAGCGUCAUCGGGAGAAGGAGCGACACAGGGGUGUUUGUGUCGGACAUUGUGAAGGGUGGAGCGGUGGAGACUGACGGAAGGCUGAUGCAGGGAGAUCAGAUCCUCUCGGUUAACGGCGAGGACGUUCGCUCAGCCACUCAAGAGUAUGUGGCUGCGCUGCUCAAGAGUUGUGCUGGUCCAAUCCAAUUGGACGUGGGUCGUUUUAAGGCGGGACCAUUCCACUCCGAGCGCCGUCUGUCCCAGAGCAGUCAGGUCAGACACCGAAACAACUCUCUAGGCAUCAGUAUAGCAGGAGGGGUCGGCAGUCCUCUGGGUGACGUGCCCAUAUUCAUCGCGAUGAUGAACCCCAGCGGCCUGGCAGCUCAGACGCAGAAACUCUGGAUUGGAGACAGGAUUGUGUCCAUCUGUGGAAACUCGACGGAGGGAAUGACUCACAAUAAAGCUGUUUCACUGCUGAAGAACACAACAGGCAUCAUACAACUACAGGUCGUUGCUGGCGAUACAACAGUGACUGGACCGUCAGCAGAGCAGACAGCAGGACUCACAGCCAGCAGCAUUUUCCACGAUGACCUGGGUCCUCCGCAGUGUAAGAGCAUUAGUUUGGAGCGAGGGCCUGACGGACUGGGCUUCAGUAUCGUGGGUGGAUUCGGCAGCCCUCACGGUGACCUUCCCAUCUACGUCAAAACCGUCUUCAGCAAGGGGGCCGCGGCAGAGGACGGGCGUCUAAAGCGCGGAGAUCAAGUCAUCGCCGUUAACGACCAGAGUCUGGAGGGAGUCACUCAUGAGGAGGCCGUCUGUAUUCUGAAGAAAACCAAAGGAACCGUCACACUCACUGUGCUGUCAUGAACACACACACAGGUCCUGUAGUUGUUUAGACACUGGAUGACACACUGUGGAUGAUAGAGCUGUUUACUGCUAGUUUGUGGAGAAACCAGCAGACUACUACAAUCUGCCGUACUAUGCUGAGACUGUAGAAACUCAGCUCUACUGCGAUCCACACACAUGCAUUUGAAUCUACAUGCUUUAAAAUGCUGAAAUGCUCAUGGCUACAUGGCACAUCUGGUUAUGCCAUAUUUUUCCAUCAUUUGAUAAAUAGAAAAUGCACAAAUAUCUCUUUCCUGUUGCAUUAAAAAACUGGGUGUACAACUUUACAACUUUGUUGUAAAUUGACCCCAUUGGUUUGCAUGCAAUUUGCCAAAAAUCAACUCUGUAAAACAUUGAAACCCUCUAUUUUAGCUUGUCAGAGACUAAUGUAAUAAUUCCCAUCUAUUUCUAGUGCCUUUUUGUUAUUAUUUGUUGUUGUUGUUUUUUUUUGACAAACUCAACUAGAUAAAUGAAAAGUGAAUUUUCCUUGCACAAUUCAGAAAACAAAUCUUAAAUUUCGACUGAACUCUGAAUUUUAACGUUCAUAAGUUUUCAUGCAUUUCAUACUUUAGUGUUUGACACGCUAUAAUAAAGGUUUUCUGGUUUUUACCGGACUCUUUGCUGGUUUUCAAAGUGUUGAUUUUUGGCAAACUGCAUGGAAACCAGCCAUUUUGAGCACAUUUUCAACCUUUUCAAAACAACACACAAAACACUUUGCAUGCACAUUCAUGAAAUAUUCACCAAAAUUCAACAAGAAUCAAAUUGUUUGCGUCCAACAUCAGUUGUGUUGGGAAAAUAAGUCAAUGAAAUUGUGCAAUUAGUCAAGUUAAGCUCAAUUUAUGUGUGAAAACAAACGUACUGAAUAGAAUGAUAUCUUUUUAAGCAGCGGUGGCACAGCUCUUUAGUAUUUGAGCAUUCAUUUAAAAAAAUACAGCUUCUUA